CCAGGGGUAGUUGAAAUGUCCUUUGCACCCCACAGGACCCUCGGAUGUCCUUUCCAGAGUCGUCUUCAUAGGAAGCAGCAUCUUCAGCCUCAUGUGGUUGCUCAGUUGACCCAUGUGGCCCAGGCCAGCUUCCAGGUUGACGCCUUCGGAGCAUCAUUCGUCUUGGACGUCACGCUAAACCAUGACUUGCUGUCUUCUGAUUACAUAGAGAGACACAUUGAUCGUGGAGGGAAGAUUGUGGAGGUUAAAGGAGGUGAGCACUGCUACUACCAGGGCCAGAUCCGAGGAAACCCUGCCUCAUUUGUUGCACUGUCAACAUGCCAUGGACUUCAUGGGAUGUUCUGCGAUGGAAACCAUACGUAUCUCAUUGAGCCCACAGGAAAUGAGACCUCCCCAGAGGAUUUUCAUUUUCAUUCAAUUUACAAAUCCAGAGUGUUUGAAUUUCCCUUGGAUGAUCUUCCAUCUGAAUUCCAACAGGUAAACAUCACUCUACCAAAAUUUAUUUCAAAGCCAAGACUAAGAAGGAGUAAACGACAGCUUCUGCGAUAUCCUCGUAAUGUGGAAGAGGAAACCAAAUAUAUUGAACUGAUGAUUGUGAAUGACCAUCUCAUGUUUAAAAAACAUCGACUUUCUGUUGUACAUACCAAUACCUAUGCGAAAUCUGUGGUGAACAUGGCAGAUUUAAUAUAUAAAGACCAACUUAAGACGAGAAUAGUAUUGGUUGCCAUGGAAACCUGGGCAGCUGACAACAAGUUUGCCAUAUCUGAAAAUCCAUUGAUCACCCUACGUGAGUUUAUGAAAUACAGGAGGGAUUUUAUCAAAGAGAAAAGCGAUGCAGUUCACCUUUUUUCGGGAAGUCAAUUUGAGAGUAGCCGGAGCGGGGCAGCUUAUAAUGGUGGGAUUUGCUCGUUGCUGAAAGGAGGAGGCGUGAAUGAAUUUGGGAAAACUGAUUUAAUGGCUGUUAUACUUGCUCAAUCAUUAGCCCAUAAUAUUGGUAUUAUCUCAGACAAAAGAAAGUUAGCAGAUGGUGAGUGUAAAUGUGAGGACAUGUUGUCUGGAUGCAUAAUGGGAGACGUUGGCUAUUAUCUACCGAAAAAGUUCACCCAGUGCAAUAUCGAAGAGUAUCAUGACUUCCUGAAUAGUGGAGGUGGGGCCUGCCUGUUCAACAAACCUUCCAAGCUUCUUGACCCUCCUGAGUGUGGUAACGGCUUCAUUGAGACUGGAGAGGAGUGUGAUUGUGGGACCUCUACAGAAUGUGUCCUUGAAGGAGCAGAAUGUUGUAAGAAAUGCACACUGACGCAGGACUCUCAGUGCAGUGAUGGUCUCUGCUGUAAAAAGUGCAAGUUUCAGCCUAUGGGGACCGUGUGCCGAGAAGCAGUGAAUGACUGUGAUAUUCGUGAAACCUGCUCAGGAAAUUCAAGCCAGUGCGCCCCUAAUGUUCACAAGAUGGAUGGGUACCAGUGUGAUGAGGCUCAGGGAAUUUGCUUUGGAGGAAGAUGUAAAACCAGGGACAGACAAUGCAAAUAUAUCUGGGGACAAAAGGUGAUGGCAUCAGACAGAUACUGCUAUGAGAAGCUGAACAUCGAGGGGACCGAGAAGGGCAACUGUGGGAAAGACAAAGACACUUGGAUACAGUGCAACAAACGGGAUGUGCUUUGUGGCUACCUUUUAUGCACCAAUAUCGGCAAUAUCCCAAGGCUUGGAGAACUGGAUGGUGAAAUCACAUCCACUUUGGUUGUGCAGCAGGGAAAAACAUUAAACUGCAGUGGUGGGCAUGUUAAGCUUGAAGAAGAUAUUGAUCUUGGCUAUGUGGAAGAUGGGACACCCUGUGGUCCCAAAAUGAUGUGCUUGGAACAUAGGUGUCUUUUGAUGGCAUCCUUCAACUUUAGUACUUGCCUAAGCAAUAAAGAAGGCACUGUUUGUUCAGGAAAUGGACUCUGCAGUAACGAGCUGACGUGUGUGUGCAACAGGCACUGGACAGGUGCGGACUGCAGUAUCUACUUCCCUUAUGACGAGGAUGCAAAGACUGGAAUCACUCUGUCUGGCAGCGGUGUUGCCGGUACCAAUAUCAUCAUAGGCAUAAUUGCUGGCACCAUUUUAGUGCUGGCCCUCAUCUUAGGGAUAACUGCCUGGGGUUAUAAAAACUAUCGAGAACAGAGACAGUUACCCCAGGGAGAUUAUGUAAAAAAGCCUGGAGAUGGCGACUCUUUUUAUAGCGACAUUCCUCCUGGAGUCAGCACGAACUCCGCAUCUAGCUCUAAGAAGAGGUCUGCCUUUCUGUCGCAUUUUCAGAUUUCUACCUGUUCCAUCCCACAUUAUUCCAUUAGUCAGAACAUUUCAUUAUUUUGCAGCAGGUCAAAUGGCCUCUCUCAUUCUUGGAGUGAAAGGAUUCCAGACACAAAACAUAUUUCAGACAUCUGUGAAAAUGGACGGCCUCGAAGUAACUCUUGGCAAGGUAACCUGGGAGGCACCAGAAAGAAAAUCAGAGGCAAAAGAUUUAGACCUCGAUCUAAUUCAACUGAGAGGGAGCCCCAAGCACCUGAGCCUGGGCACUCCCUCGCCCAGACAGUCCUAUCCCAAGGCAUAAGCCCAGGGGGCUCUGACAGCCCCCAGACAGGGAGUCUGGAUCACAGGUAUUUAAAUCCAUGGUUCAAAAGAGACUAUAAUGUAGCUAAGUGGGUAGAAGAUGUGAAUAAAAACACUGAAGGACCAUACUUUAGCUCCCAAGAUGGCCAGCGUCAGGAAGACAGGACCCUAUCUCCUGCCAAGUCCCCUUCCUCAUCAACUGGAUCUAUUGCCUCCAGCAGAAAAUACCCUUACCCAAUGCCCCCACUUCCUGAUGAAGAGAAGAAAGUGAACCGACAAAGUGCCAGGCUAUGGGAAACAUCCAUUUAAGAUCCACUGUUUACAUGUGACACAUCGACACUGUUUACUUCAACUUUUAUAGAAACCCAGCCUUGUGGAAUCACUACAAAUCUUUCCGCUCUUCAGACGGUACAAAGACCCUCCGAGACGCGGUAGAGAAGAGGGAGCCAGUUCUCACACCUGGAUAUCAUUUUCUUUUCGUCAUUGGUUUAGGCUUUAAUGGAACCACGAAAUGAACUACUGCAAUGUUACACUCUUAACAUGGAAUUGGUACUGGUGUGUUCGUGGAUAAUCCGCAUGACAGAUAUAUGUAGAAAUAUCAAUAAAAUUAACUCACACGACCCAAAUGUAGCAAGUUUCCUAAGGGACAGUAGUGGGUCCAGAACUGGAUCUUCUGAAGCACAUCCUCAUUGUAAACAGUAAUGCAUGAAGCUGCUACUCAUUGUUUUCCAUAAUUAAGGAAACGACAUCCCAUAAUAGAUACUAGCAUGCAGGGCUAAAGCAGAUAGGAUUUUUCUGCAGAACUUAAAGCCUCGAGAAGCCAAUAUCCCAUAUGCUAACUUUAAACAUGUAUUUUUAUUUUUGUUUUGUUUUUACUUUACAUAUUUAUAUCAGCAUACAAGGAUCAUUGUACAUAUGUAAACAUUUUUAAAAUUCAGAAAAGCAGCUUUUACACAUAAGUGUAUUUUGCCAAAUGCCUAAAAACAGUCGUCACAGUCGCAUCAUUGUCCUCUGUCCUGUGGUCUUCAUCGUGUCCAAGCAGAUGAUGUAAAUGUAGCGGUCAGUGCUAUAGUAUGUCUCUCUUUAACUGGUAUCUGUCCAAAAGGGGGUAUCUCCUAAGCUGCAUGUAACAGGAGGCAGUUUUAUGCAGUGACUGAGGAAGAGAGCACAGUGCCCAGUGAAACGCCAGCCACCAUAGCUUGCUGAAGCAAAAGGCCAGUGGUGCAGAUGCUUUGGGACACUCUGGCCAGCUGGCUGCUCCCUGCGGAUCAGCCUGUUCCCUUCUCUUCUGGGACUCACAGUGUCUGCCUCAAUGGCUGUCUCUCUCAGUACCACAUCACAUCUGCUAGUCUCUUCUGAAGGCCGGUGAGCCCCCAGCAGUGUGUGCUGCUGAGAUUAGGCAAAUGUACCAAAGACACUUGAGACCUGGUAGUGUCCCGUCUUGCCCAUAUGUCAGCCCUUUCUGGUCUGAAGUUCUGGCUCCUCGACAAGCUUUCGGCCACUCUUUUCUAUGAAAGGAGUGACUUAUUGUAACAGCAACAUCUUUCCAUGGUUCCUCACUGGGACUGAGGCCCGGCAGAUCAUCCUGCAUUGACUUUGAAGCAAGAUGAUGGACAUUUCCACUGUCUGAGCUUGGAAGCCUCAGUGCGAGGCAUAAAGGGUUAAAUAAAAUUGAAAACCAUACCGAUGCAGCCGCUGUGAAGUUACACAAACAGCCGGCAGGGGCAGGAAUCCGAUGGGUUGAGCCCUAUAAUUUUUAAUCUUUAGAACAGUGAAAAUUUAUGUGUAAAGCCCCCUUUUUAAAACCGAAGUUUGAUGCGGAUGUAUGCAUCAAACUUAUUUCAAAAGAAAGCUUCUCUGACAAGAUCAGAAAUCGAUGAAACCAGUCACAUGUUCUGAUUGCUUUUUUUUUUUCUUGAGAGGAAUGGAAUCAGUAGAUGAGAUUUCAGAAAAGUCCUCCAGAUUUCAUUUCUUCCAGUAAUUUUCACAGACAAAAUCCAUCUCAUCUCCAUGUAUAAUUGUCGUGGGUGCCCAAACUGAAGAGCCAAGUUAGACGCUAUAUUCACUCCGUUCGUGUCUUCUGCAACAGGCCUCUCUUCUGAAAGGCUUUGAAAGCAUUUGAAAAGUAAUUUAAUUAUCCAAAAGUGUACAGUGGAAAACAGCAUUUUUCACGAUAGGAAGGGAUACUAUUGGUGAAGUCCCCGUAAAUCCACGUACUCGACCCAGGGCUGGGUGAAUGUUGGGUAGUGUUGUUAGGUACCUCUGGCCACGGACAGACAGGCACAGAGAUGGGAAGACAUAGCAAAUAAAGUGACUUUUGACCAUGAUCACUUUAAAAGUGCACUGAAUGUUUUCUGGUUUUGAGUGUAUAGAAGGCUAUUAUAAGAUUUAUUUUGACUAUAAAAGAGUUUAUAGAUUUGAAUGUGUAAGGUGCCUCAUGUAAAUACGCUUCCUAGUUACACAAGCCCUAGUUUGAAGGAAUCCACAAAUGUCUAGUCAACUGAUUAUCUGUCUGUUUACCUGUUUAUCUUUUCUUACCCUCUCAGUUAUUUUUACCUGAAAUUAAUAUGUCAAAUGAAAAAUCAUUAUAACGUGCCUUUUAGGAGAUAGGGUUGUUCGAGAAGUAUAUUGUUAUCCUACUCCUUGGUAACAAUCUUCACAUGGAACUAAAUGAAAUGUUAUUUUGAUUUGCAGAGAUUAUGAUUUUAUAAAUACAGUAGCUUUAAUGUUCAAUUCUGAGCAUCUACUCUGUCUCCCAUGUUUAAAUAUUCUUAGAAUCGUUUGUGGAAUUCUUUGACAGAUUUUAGUUUUGAUGGGUACUUUCAAGAAAUACCUAUACGUGUGCCCAUGAUGGGUGAUCUAGGGCAUUACACCGAAACAUUCUGACAUGUCUUUCACUCACUGAGCUAGAUAGGAUGGAUGCACAGCAUGAAAUAUAAGCACAGCAAUUACUUCUUUUAAAAUAUUUAUUUUGGAGAGAGUUUUUGAGGUUAUGGAGCAGUUUGUAUCAUGCUACUCAUACCGAUAUUCCCCUGUCUACCGUGGGAGCACUGCUAAGCAGAGGCUUAGCUUUGUGGUCCAGUGAAUGCCUCUUCCCCUCUUUCUGCGGUUCUGUGCACAGACGGGAGUUCAGAGAGACAGCAGCUGUCCAGUUUCUACAGCCCCUCGUGUAAAGGAAGUGUAAAUCUCUCUCUGCUGAGUGCCAACAGGAAGGUGUGAGAUGACAGGAAGCCCUUACAGAAUGGACUGACCACACUGAGUGUUCUCCCUGUGGAGCCGCUUUCUUCAGAAGGGAAGGGAAACCCUCCUCUAGAGUCAGCGGACUAGAAGCUGAUCUGCAGUCACUUGGGGUCAGUGGGAAGGAGUCAGUCGGUACUUCUCAGACAGCUGCAGCGCAGGGAGAGAUGACUGGCUGGAGUUGGUAGGUUUUUAAGGAAACACAGCGCCUGAAUUAGGGGUAACUUUCCUUGUCAAAAAAACUGACUAGCACAGCAAAUGUGGGGUUAAAAUGACAGUACAGUUUCUCUUUUUCCUUCUUUAUUUAAAGGGCUUUUAUGAUUGUGUUUUUAUAUAAGUUGAGUCCAGCACCGAAUUUCUUGAGAUUAAAAACACAGGGUGUCUAAAAAAAGCUGCUUUGAAGAUAAAAUUAGAUUUUCUGUUCUCUUCCAGAGACUGUUUGAAUUCCAUAAUCAACUUACAUUUUUCAUUUUGCUCUGCUACCUUUUUUCAGUUUUUUCCUUGUACAGUUACCUUUCAGUCAGAAGAAAUAUAGUACUUUUAUUCACUUUUUUCAGUGUUUCAAAAUUGAGUUUAUUCAUUUCCUGUUGUCACGUUUUAACCCUACACACACACACACACACACACACACACACACACCUAGUGCUUUAAAUAUUUCCUUAUGUUGUUAACCAUGGACAUAAGCCCUUAUCUGACGUGAGGCUGUUUUGCUUUAAAGGGAAGGAAGGCCACUGAGCACCGAGCUGCUUGCAGUAUGGCGGAGGGUGGAGCCAGGUUUGGCACUGUGAGGCUGCAGAGGCAGGACAGCUGCCUGCACGGUGCGGUAGACACUGGACGCCCUGUGGAACACACUGUAAACAUCCCCACAGCUUCUAAGGCAGUAGUUUUCGUGAAAUGCCCAAACUCCCAUUUGCGACUAUUUCCUAAUUUUUAUGCUCCAAUUAUUUUCCCUCCAGUUGAUGUCUUCCUCUAGAAUUGCCACCUGAGUUCUUUUCUACACCUCUAAGAGCGUAACAUUGACACGAAUUUCUUGUUCUCGCUUAACAUUUCUGGGGAGCAGGGCCUAAUUCCAGACUUGUAUUUAUUCUCCUCCAGAGAUCUUUUCUGAAUGGGCAAGACUUUGACUUUUUAUGUAGCAACUUCUUUCCUGGCACUGAGUAACUGAGGACUUUCAUACACAGCUCUCCCUGAGGCACCCAGUCCACAACUGUGCUGCUGUCCGGGCUGUGUGAGUGGCCACAGCUUGUGCUGUGGGGCAGGUGCUUUUGAUUCCGGGAGGAGCUGUUCUACCACACAGUGAGGCUUUACACAACACAGGGUCGCGUUCAUAUUCAUACCGUGUUUGCUGUUCUGUCACAGUCCACAGGAAAACAAACACUCAAAAACAAAAACCUGCCUAGUGGACUUCUGCCCUUUUAUAUCCAUGAUCUGACAAACGGUAAGCACCUCACGACUGGAUUAAAGGACAGUUCUAGAGACCCCUUUCUUCUAAAGUAUCCCUGUCUUCAGUAGCUGUGUAGCAGUUUCUUCAUGGUUAGGAGCUUUUAUCUGUCAUGGAAAGUAGCGCCUUCGCUGCAGAAAUGUGAAGAACACUAGGGCUGCAAAGCUAAGGGUGGGAGGCAUCUUCAGUCCACUCUCGUGGCACUGGCAUGGAUUAUGAACCUUGGUAAGUCACCGAGAGAUCUUUUCCAGGGUGGGAAAGGCAGGGUAGGGAAGAGAUAAAAAGCAGCAAGCUUUAGCCCUGGUAUAAAGGCAGAGUGGACAUCCACAUGCAGAA